AUGCGCACAGGUCGAGAUGAAUGUGUCUCGUCAGCCCCGCCCCUUCUAAUCCUCUGCCUUCCAUCUCGCUUCAAGAUCGGCUCGGGAGACCCAGGCCAUGUUCGCGUUCCCUCGUACGCUGAAGAAGAUGCCGUUUGUGGACGCGAUUCCUGGGUUGUGGUCUCAAGAGGCGUGUCUAUUUCUUUCCUCUGCGCCAACUUGAAUAUUGACUGCUUUUGGUAUCAGAAGUCGACCGGCUUCGAGGUCAUCCGACCGGCGCAUGGUGCUGCCUCGUCCAGGCCUGAUGAGCGUCAAGACGUUGGUAACACGGGCGAGGUCUCCCGAGCAGUCCCUGCGCCAGUGUUUGGCAUCACGGCCUCGGAAUCACGCUUUGUGGAGGAGCUCGCGGAUGCCAUUCACGAUUCGUCCCCCGCGCUUUUGCCCGGGAUUGUGUCCUCGGAGUCUCGUUUCGCGGAAGAAGUUGCAGAUGCCAUCCGCGACCUCGGGCCUGACAUCUCACAAGCGUCGGCGCAUAUCACCCAAGAUGCCAAUACGACGUCGCAUGCCACCUUCAACGAGCUAUCUGGGCACCUCCCACCUCCCUCGCCUACGACUGUUGUACACUACACCACCUACGCCAGAUCCGAUUCAGGGACUGCAACCGCUGUGGAGUUCAGCAGCCCAGGCGCUACCUUCUCUAUAUCCUCUGCAUCGCAUUCUUCGGCUGUCUCUCUGAGCACCCCGCAUUCUCCUGGAGUAAGCCGUGCUGUAUCAGUCCACGACUUCAUCUUCCGCCGCCAGGUCGGGUAUGGAGCGAACGGAAACGUCUUCCGUGUCGAAGACAGCGUUACGAAGCGAUGCCUUGCGCUCAAGGUUAUCCCGAAGGCGAAUACGUUCCACGUCCGACCUGAGCUGAUCCGCGGCGAGCAGCAGGGCAUGGUGAGAGCCGAGGGGCUGCGGUACGUGUUGCAGCUCGCGGCGAGUUUCCAUGAUACGCGGAAUUACUACAUGGCCGUGAAAAUGUGCUCUGGAGGUGAUCUGGAUACGCAGAUUGCGAGGUGGGGAGCUGUGCCGCUAGACAUCGCCAAGUUCUACGCCGCAGAGAUUUUGGUUGGCAUACGCUCUUUGCACACGCGAGGGGUCAUCCACCGUGACAUCAAACCCGCCAACAUCCUCCUCGACGCCAAAGGCCAUGUCGUCAUUGCGGAUUUCGGCCUCGCUAAGGUGUUCACUAAACCCCUGAUGAGCUGCAUUUCACCCCAAGAUCUUAUGUCGACGCCUGGAGUAGCUCUCUCGUUCGGGCCGUACUUGGCAUCGCGAUGCUGUGGAACUCCCGACUAUAUGGCGCCCGAGAUCUGGCGCGGAGGGGGCUAUGGCUUCGCGGUGGACUAUUGGGCAAUGGGUAUCCUGCUAUAUGAGAUGCUGAUUGGAGCGGUGCCGUUCAGCUCUUCGCCUUCGUCAGAGAUCCAGAACAGGGUCAUGCAUGAGAGAAUGCCUAUACCAACUGACAUUGAUGUUUCCGCUCGGGAUUUCUUGAAAAGGGUGCUUACUCACGGGCUUGAGGAUCGGCUAUCCUACGAAGAGAUGAGAAGACAUCCUUUCUUCCGUGACAUCGAUUGGACGAAAAUCGAGAAGGGAACCGCCAUUCCGCCGUACACCCCGUCCAGAGAGCUGCCGGUUUCCGUCUCGAUGCGGGCCUCCGACUGCAUUAACCAAGGUCUACCAUUCACCGCAGACAUUGAUCCCAUACCAGCGUUCACGUACACCUCUCCCCUCAUGAUGGAACCCUCUUGGCGGCGGAAAGCACGCGUCCGCCUCGUCAUAGUCUACAAGCGUGUCCGCGCUCACCUCGCUCGCUCCAAACCCUCCUUGUCCCGUACCGAUCCUUACUUCCCCGAUAUGCUCCUGCCCUCUCCAUCGCCUUAUACUCUUGAACGACCUGGAUCCCGACUUUCCUUCAUCCAUUCCGACGCUUCUAGCAGUGAAGUCAUCGCGGAUAGCCCACUCGACAUAGGGUUGGUCAUAGAACCUUCUAGCUCCACGCAUUUUUCGAGUUCACUCUCAGUCGGCGCCGGGUCGAUGUUUAUCGGUCCAUCGAUGUCUUUGAGUAUCACGACGCCUGCUACAUCUACCACUUCGCUCGCCGCGGAGACUUCAGCAAAGUUCAAGAGGCUCUCUGCAUGGGCGAGCCAGGUCUUCGGGCAUAUUCCUGCUGCCCGGGACAGUUCAUCUCUGGAGAGGGCAUUGCCUAUCUCAGCCGUUUAA